ACCCGUAGGGGUUUGGGACAUGCGAUGGAGUUUUCUCAACAAAUGGAACUGGGUACCCGUUUCAAACGUGACGGAUCCCCAGUCUCAUCCUAUUGCCCACCCCUACCUCCCAUCCCUUUCCACAUGACUGGGUAUCAGUCGAUAGCGUUUACUGAAUCCUUUCAAUUUAAAUGGUUGGUUCUGUCAAAAUAAGCCAACCUUAAGUAUGGAUUGAGAUUAUUCUCUUGUUUAUUGUAAUGAAAGCGAGUUGGGGUUUGCUAGUCGUUCAAUAUGUCCAUCUACUUUGAAACGAUGUAUUCUAUGGAAUCUAUUCAUUACCUGUCGAUUAGCUACUAUGAUAGAGUUGGAUAAUAUCAUUAAUCACUAUGAAAGAAAAUUUUAACACUAGGUGGCCGAGAAUUAUGUACUCUUUGUACAACGCCUACCAGAUUUUACAAGUCAUUUGUUUGCUAUGAAGAAUAUGAAAAUCCCGCAAUGCAGCAGUUUUUGAGGAUACUCAAAUAUUGUCAUAUGUUCUCGCUGCUCAAUUCAAUCACCAAGUAUAAGAAUUCUCCCCCACUCAUCCAUAUGUUCUUCCUCCCCCAUCACCGGUCGUUCCUACAUACAUCGCAUCCUGACCUCCAACUCCUCCUGUUCACCUCAAACUCAACUUCAACGCUUCAUCCUUCUCGAGGUAGUGCUACGGGCUUGGUGUUGAAGUCUGCCGACAACUGUGCAUAUCUCGCUAUUGGAUUUCAACGCCUCCAUGGAUUCACACUAGAAGGGGAUUAUGAAGUCUUCAUUCGCCAGCUACUCAGAGGGAUAGUGAAAGAUGCAAUUGAAGAUCUGGUGCUCAGAGAGUGCUAUAAGAUGAUUGCUGCUCUAGAAUUAGGCUUAGAGCUUUGUGCGAUCCUUAGGAUCGCCAAUCAGGUUGCCAUUGUGUGGCGAGAAAAAUCAUUUCUGUCUGGUUUAGAGUUGCUUUCAUUUGAUUUUAUUGUUUGGGUGGGAAGAGAUAUAUGAUAGCUAGAUUCUUUUCUGCAUUCAAUUGUCAUAUCUUAGAUAAUAAAAAAUCACUCAUGCAACAAAUUUCAAAUUGGGGUGAAUGUUUUUCAAUGCCACUAUAAAGUAAUGUGUAGAAGUGGCCUGAAGAGUUUCUGAAAAUAACUUAUUCAAGUUUAUGCAGUUUUAGUGGACUUGAGAUUAAUUGUUAAUUUCUAUUAAAUAUAAUUUGAAGAAGAAUUUCCCACCAUAUUUUGGAAUAACGUUUAUGUGAGUUUUUAUUACCUUUUAUGCAUCAACUAUGUUCCUACCAUCAAGAACUAGAUGGUAUCCGACACAUUGGUCGGAAUGUUAUUUGAAUGUGAUGUAUUUGUGAUGUACAUUUUAAAUUUUUCAAAAUAUUUGAAAAGUGUAUUUCUACCCAUUAGCUAAAUUAAUUGUUAAAAUUCAAUUAAAUAAUAAAUAUAUGAAAAUUGAAAUAUCAAACUCCAAAAAGAUACCGACGAAAUAUUUCGUGGGGCUAGUUAAGCCUAGUGGAAAAUCAUUCAUUUUUAAGAUUUAAGAUUUUUGUAUGUUUUUAGUUGAAAAUAAUAAUCAAAUUCAUUUAGUAUAAUUGGUAAUGAUUUAUGUCCUUAUUAUCUAUGUUUGGCACGGCUUUUAGAAGUGAUUUUCGAGUUCAAAAGCUGAAGCAGAGCCAAAAAAUGCUUUUGUAUAACAUAAAAGCAGAAGCUCCGAUUUGGAGCUUCUGCGAAAAGCUGUUUUGAAAAUACAAGAUUAUCCUUAUCAUAUUUUAAUUUUAUUUCAGAAAAUAUAAUUUUUCAUCAUUUACAUCAUUUUAAAAAUAAAAUAAAUUAUAAAAUCAUAUUAUUUAAUAUAAAAGAAAUCUAACA